GCAACGUUGUGAGCGCGCAUUGCCCCCUCUAUUCCUGAUAAAGAGAUUCUUUUGUUUUCGUUUGUACUUCAAAGUGCGCACGGCACAUUUGCGCACCGCGAUCCAAUGUGAAAUUGUAAAUUCCCACAUCUCGAGUGACGACUUUUAAGCAUUAUCAAAUCGUUUAUUCGUGAUUUCGCUGGCGAGAUACCAGGGAUCAUGAGGGCUAUCGUCUGUAUCAGCGUGUUGUUUUUUGCAACUGUGGCCUUCGCCGCAGAAGAUUACUGCUACAAAGAUGUUGUUGAGGUCUGCAAAACUACGACCAAAAAAUGUAAGUACGCAUUUGGCUGCUAUUGAUAU